AUGGCUCUAGUGGGGCUACUUGCGGGUUUGGACGUUUGGAUAGAAGUUAAGAAGCUACAAGGAGAGAUAGGGGCACUCGGGGAUGAUGGAAGCGGGGUUGGUGGGGAGAGAGGGGGAGGAGGAGCUAAAGAAAGACAUAGGGUGUGUGAAUUGCCUCCGGGGGUGUUCAAAUCGGUGGAGAGGGAUUUAUUAGGGCGGAUUUCGGAGUUUCCCAAGCUAAAGGAGGCUCUGAAGCAGCCAGGAGCGAUGAAUUACGUGAAGCUGAUUCAUCGGUACCUGGAGCCAUGGCGACCCAUUGCUAACAUCAGCACUGGACUCGGGCACAGAGGCUUUGUGACGCCUGAGGCACUCGAGUUCAUCAGCAUUUCUCCGAACCUCAUGUCCUGCUCCGGACAUAUUAAAGUAAUGACACUCUACCGUCUCUCCACUCUCCGCCUUGAGUUCUUCCUCAACACGUGCGACCACCCCAUGUCAUUCCACAGCUCAUACCAUCCACUCCACCCCAUGCCUUUCCCCUCUCCUUGGCAGGACGCAGUAACCCAAUACCGUCUCUCCUCCCUCCGCCUCGAGUUCUUCCUCAACACGUGCGACCACCCUAUGUCGUUCCACAGCUCUCACUGGCCAGCUAGGGGAGGCCUCCCCUUCAUGAGCACCGCCUUCACAGCAGAUACCAUCGACAUCCCAGUCCCCGACCCGCUUGAUUUGACAGGACCCUACACGCCUGACCUAAGCACUCAGCACUCAGGUAUGGGGCAUGCGAGCAACCCUGCAUCUCCAACACUUCCUCCCCUCAAACCCGCCCCCCCCUUCCUCCCCUCAACCUCUCCUUCUUCCUCCCCUCAACCCCUCCCUCUUCCUCCCCUCACCCCCCCCCUCUUUCUCUCCUCACCCCCCCUCUUCCUCCCCUCACCUCCCCCUCUUCCUCUCCUCACCCUACCUUCUUCCUCACCUCCCCCCCCCCGCUUUCUUCCCUUCCGUCGUCCCCAUUCCCCCCAGAUCCUCUGGGAGACGAUAGAGUCGCGGGCAGUAUUUCGAGGGAAGACAACAAACUACGAGCUCCUACCAGCCGGCAACUGGGGCGCCAACCCGCGCAUUCACCUGCAUCUAAUGUCCCCUGCUGCUCCCCACCUGAUGGACGCGCGCAUCAACGCAUGGUCCAAGAUCCCCUGGGAGAAGAAGGAAUCGCGGGCGGUCUUCCGAGGCAAAACAACCAACUACGAGCUUCUACCCGCUGGCAACUGGGGUGCGAACCCGCGCAUCCGCCUGCAUCUCAUGUCCCCCGCGGCCCCCCACCUGAUGGACGCGCGCAUCAACGCAUGGUCCAAGGUGGAGCAUCACGUGGUGAAGAGGAUGACAAAGGACGGGGUCAGGCUUGCCAGGAAGAUGAACUUCCAGCAGUUCAACGCCUUCAAGUACCAGAUAGUGGCGGACGGGGGCGGAGGCAGUUGUCGCACGUGUGGGGUGCUGCGAUCCAAUCAGCUCAUCAUAAGGCAGCACACGCCUAUGCUGCAGUUCUACGAGCCUCUGCUGCAGGAUCGGGUGCACUGGCUCGCCACCUCCCGAACCUUCUCAGACCUGCAUGAGGCAAUCACUUGGGCACAGCAGCACGACAAGGCAGUUCUAAAGAUGGUGGACGCAGCCAAUCGGUUUGCAGACCACGCGUGCACGUGGCAUGGGCGCAUGCUGUACUGGGCUCUGCUUCUCGUCAAGUAUCAAGACGUUAUGGCUGAACCCGAGAAGGUGUCAAAGCCUGCCCGGCUGUGCUUGAAACCCAUCGUGGCAGCAACAGCUGUGGAGAAGGACCCAGCAUCAGUCACAUGCAGCGACCCUGCCAGGGAGAAGAAGCAGCCAGAGUGUGCAUUUUUCUGUGCUGGGGGGAUCUUUUCCCCUGAAUCCUUCAAGUGUCAAGGCAAUGCCUACGCAGAAAGUCAAGAAGCUGCCUUUUCUCAAACUCUGCUACUGGUUCAAUACCUACCGAGUAACAUGCCCAACAGCAUUUUUCUUAUUAAAGCGGAUGGGUGGCAGUGGGUGGGUAGACUUGCAGCAGCUUCCUGA